CCGUUGCACCCGCCAACGUCCAGCGGGCCUCUGUUCUGGGCGGCUGGAGGCAGGAUGGGCCGGAAGGUGACCGUAGCCACCUGUGCGCUCAACCAGUGGGCUCUGGACUUCGAGGGCAAUUUGCAAAGGAUUUUAAAAAGUAUUGAAAUUGCCAAAAGCAGAGGAGCAAGAUACAGGCUUGGGCCAGAGCUGGAAAUAUGUGGCUACGGAUGUUGGGAUCACUUUUACGAGUCGGACACCCUGUUGCAUUCACUUCAGGUCCUGGCUGCCCUCCUGGAAUCUCCAGUCACUCAGGAUAUCAUCUGCGACGUGGGGAUGCCCGUGAUGCACCGAAAUGUCCGCUACAAUUGCAGAGUGAUCUUUCUUAACAGGAGGAUCCUGCUCAUCAGACCCAAGAUGGCCUUGGCAAAUGAGGGCAACUACCGUGAGCUGCGCUGGUUCACUCCGUGGUCAAGGAGUCGGCAAACAGAGGAGUAUUUUCUCCCUCGGAUGUUACAAGACCUGACAGGACAGGAGACCGUGCCCUUUGGAGACGCAGUGCUGGCCACCCCAGACACCUGCAUUGGGAGCGAGAUCUGUGAGGAGCUCUGGACACCCCACAGCCCACACGUGGACAUGGGCCUGGACGGCGUGGAGAUCAUCACCAACGCCUCGGGCAGCCACCACGUGCUGCGCAAAGCCCAUGCCAGGGUGGACCUGGUGACCAUGGCCACCUCCAAGAACGGCGGGAUUUACCUGCUGGCCAACCAGAAGGGCUGUGACGGGGACCGUCUCUACUACGAUGGCUGCGCCAUGAUAGCGAUGAACGGAAGCGUUUUUGCUCAAGGAGCCCAGUUUUCCCUGGAUGACGUGGAAGUCCUGACAGCCACGUUGGAUUUGGAGGACGUCAGGAGCUACAGGGCAGAGAUUUCCUCUCGAAACCUGGCGGCCAGCAGGGUGAGCCCCUACCCCCGAGUGAAGGUGGAUUUUGCCCUCUCGUGCUGUGAGGACUUGCUACAGCCAGUCUCUGAGCCCCUCGAGUGGAAAUACCACAGCCCUGAAGAGGAGAUAAGCCUUGGACCUGCCUGCUGGCUCUGGGAUUUUUUAAGACGAAGCCAACAGGCAGGGUUUUUUCUGCCCCUGAGUGGUGGAGUGGACAGCGCAGCCACCGCCUGCCUCGUCUACUCCAUGUGCCGCCAGGUCUGCGAAGCUGUGAAGAGCGGAAAUCAAGAUGUGCUGGCUGACGUCCGGGCCAUUGUAAACCAGAUCAGCUACACGCCCCAGGACCCCCGAGACCUUUGUGGACGCAUUCUGACAACCUGCUACAUGGCCAGCGAGAACUCCUCCCAGGAGACCUGCAGCCGGGCCAGAGAAUUGGCCCAGCAGAUCGGAAGCCACCACAUGAGUCUCAACAUCGACCCAGCCGUGAAGGCAGUCAUAGGCAUCUUCAGCCUGGUGACAGGGAAAAGCCCUGUGUUUGCAGUUCACGGAGGAAGCAGCAGGGAAAACCUGGCAUUGCAGAAUGUGCAGGGAGCGGCCCAGGCACUACCCUGCCUCUGGGUUGCUACAGUGAGCAAGGCACUGGCUGAUUGGCAAAGGGAGAAGAGAGGCCUGGAGGCUCCCACCACACAGGCUCGAAUAAGGAUGGUCCUCGCCUACCUGUUUGCUCAGCUGAGCCUCUGGUCUCGGGGUAUCCGUGGUGGUCUUCUCGUGCUUGGAUCCGCCAAUGUGGAUGAGAGCCUCCUGGGCUACCUGACUAAGUAUGACUGCUCCAGUGCAGACAUCAACCCCAUAGGCGGGAUCAGCAAGACAGACCUGAGAGCCUUCGUCAGGUUCUGCACAGAGCACUUCCAGCUUCCUGCCCUGCAGGGCAUCCUGUCAGCACCGGCCACUGCUGAGCUGGAGCCCUUGACCGAUGGACAGGUGUCCCAGACCGAUGAGGAUGACAUGGGGAUGACGUACGCAGAGCUCUCAGUCUUCGGGAGGCUUAGGAAGAUCGCCAAGACGGGCCCCUACAGUAUGUUCUGCAGACUCCUCAACAUGUGGAAAGACAUCUGUACCCCAAGUCAGGUGGCAGACAAAGUCAAGCGAUUUUUCUCCAAGUAUUCCAUGAACAGACACAAGAUGACCACGCUCACGCCCGCUUAUCACGCUGAGAACUACAGCCCCGAUGACAACAGAUUUGAUCUGCGACCAUUUCUGUAUAACACUCACUGGCCUUGGCAGUUUCGGUGCAUAGAAAAGCAGGUUCUACGGCUCGAGAGUGGAGAACAGGACCUGGAUGGGGUAGACUGACAUCAGUUCCUGCCAGGGACCCUCUCUCCUUGGGGAUCUCCAGCAUUCUGCCGGCAUUCUGGUAACCAAGGUUGGAGCCUCGCCACUCCUGCCUGGAGAGGCAUGGCACGUCUGACAAGUUUGAGGGAGAAGGCUCUUUUUAUUCUAGCCUUUUAAAAAGAGGCUGAAAUAAAGUGAAUGUGCUUUAUUUAUUAA